AAUGGCGGUGAAAGGCACGAAGGAGGCACUCCAAAAAAAUGCUAAAACUUUGUUGGACAUGAGGUUUUAUGUUGUGUUUUGGUAAUUUCAAGCACAAAGGUAAAAACAGAGGGUGAGAGAGAGUGUGUGUGUGUGUGAGAGAGUGUCCCAUUCCCAUCCCCCACACAAAAGGUGGUGGGAAAAAAGUUCUUUUUGUACACACUGCGAUGAUGGCGAUGAUGAUGCCUGCAAUCUCCAACACAAACACAAACACCAUCUCUUUCUCUUCUCUCUCUCUUAUCACUCUCUUCUUUCUUUGAAGCCAACCAUGGUUAACAUCUUCUCCCUCAGUCCGUGAUUAAUAUGAAAGUUGUGAGCAUGGAGACAGAGAAGAAGUGCGGUUGCUGGGCUGUCCUUAAACGCGGUGUUAGAGGUGCGUGCAAACCUUCAGCUUCCAGAGACUCUGCUAACACUAUCCCUCGUACUAGUCUCGUUUAUGAUGCAGCAAGCGAAACAAGAUACCUGAAUGCUAGCAAUCGAGAACUUUGUCCUCCCCUCGAAGCUCGAUUAUCUUCUGAUAACCCUGAUCCCCCACCCCAGGAGAACAAGGCUGCAUGCCAGCUCCUUCAAUUUUCAUUUCAAGAACUUAAAGCUGCAACUGGAAAUUUCAGACCUGAUAGCAUUCUUGGGGAAGGUGGCUUUGGUUAUGUUUUCAAAGGAUGGAUUGAGGAAGAUGGAACCUCGCCAGCUAAACCUGGGUCAGGGAUUACAGUGGCUGUCAAAAGCUUGAAGCCAGAUGGCCUUCAGGGCCAUAGAGAAUGGGUGGCUGAAGUUGACUUUCUUGGACAGCUUCACCAUUCUAACCUUGUGAAACUUAUCGGUUACUGCAUUGAAGAUGAUCAACGGCUUCUUGUUUACGAGUUUAUGACCCGUAGAAGUCUAGAAAAUCAUCUAUUCAGAAGAACCGUACCUCUCCCGUGGCCCAACAGGGUUAAGAUUGCCCUUGGUGCAGCAAAAGGAUUGGCCUUCCUCCACAAUGGUCCAGAACCAGUCAUUUAUAGAGAUUUUAAAACAUCUAAUAUUUUGCUGGAUACGGAGUAUAAUGCAAAGCUUUCAGAUUUUGGUCUAGCAAAAGCAGGACCUCAAGGAGACAAAACACAUGUUUCUACCAGAGUAGUUGGAACUUAUGGUUAUGCUGCUCCAGAAUAUGUCAUGACAGGGCACUUGACUGCUAAGAGUGAUGUUUAUAGCUUUGGAGUUGUGUUGCUUGAGAUACUAACAGGAAGAAGAUCAAUGGACAAGAAGCGUCCGAGUGGGGAGCAAAAUCUUGUUUCUUGGGCUAGGCCAUACUUAGCUGACAAGCGAAAGCUGUACCAGCUUGUGGAUCCUCGCCUGGAGCUAAAUUAUUCUCUAAAAGGAGUGCAGAAGAUUUCCCAGUUAGCUUAUAGCUGCCUCAGCAGAGACCCUAAAUCUCGCCCCAACAUGGAUGAAGUUGUGAAAGCGCUGACUCCAUUGCAGGGGCUUAAUGACCUUGCAAUUUUGUCUUAUCACUCUCGCUUGUCCCAACAAGGGAGACGGAAGAAGAAAGAUGGAACUCCACACAUCACAUACACACAAUCCAAGAGCAUGAGGGCCUCUCCUUUGAAUACCAGCAAGCAGCAUCGGUGAGACGAAAAAAAUGGUCCUCUUCUUUAUUGCUGGCUUAAUCAUUGAUUGAAACCAAGGUUGGAAUGCCUCCUUUGUUGUUGUUGUGUGGAGAUGGACAUUUCAAGCUUACAUAUUUUUUGGGUGUUUAAAAUAUGUCAGGGCCAGAAGAAUGAGGAAAGAGUGAUGAAUGAUGAUACAUUGAUUUUAUUUGAGCUCUUUUAUUAGGGAGCUAACCAUCAAUAUGCAAAGAAACUUGUCAUUUGCUUAUGCUGUAACUGAGAAUUCCCCUGUAUGUAUAUGAAAUGCCUCACUUCUCAGAA